AUGCACCCAUUCAACUGCGCACUGAUGAUGUCUCAUCGACUGGGGACGAAACGUUCGCAAGCCAAUUGCCAAGUUCGGCGAACAGAUGAACUGCCAUCUGAUCAGCCACCAGUAAGGGUACGAGUACUUUUCGAUUUCGCCGCUCAAGGUGUGGGAGAACUGAGUAUUACAACUGGGGAACAGUUGACAAUUACAGACCAAACUGUCGGAGAUGGCUGGUGGAGUGCUGUCAACUCUUCUGGUCAGAGAGGGCUUGUUCCGUGUGCAUUUGUUGAACCAAUCGAUCCACCUGAACCGAAUGUCCCACCGCCUCCUCCUCCAGCUAAUAUCCAGCAAACUGAGUGGGAUGAAGAGUGGGACAGUGAUGAUAGCAACUCAACAGUACCCACAACCUACCGUUCUGGCAAACCCAACGAUGCUGUUCGCCGAUGUUCUGAGUUAAACCAACCGGGCAGUCCAGUCAAAAGUCAGUUCAUCUCUACAGGAAUCACUGGUUCACCAGCAGGCGAAAGUGUCAGGUUUGCUCCGGUACGCAAGGCUUUCACCAGAUCAUUUAUCAAAUCUGGGGCUGAAGAGUUCCUAUUACAAUUAGAAACACCGUCCGUGCACACCGAGGCAGUCAUUGAAUUUCGGGAUGAAGCCUUCUGUUGGCGACCAUCAGGGCAGUCCAUCCAGUGUAAAAUUCUGUCAUUUCACAAAGAUUCGAAGAUGAAAGGGAUGAAGAGCUUUAUCGCGUACCAGUUAACCUCACCGUUUGUGAGCUCCCACGUGAAUCGGCGUUACAAACACUUUGAUUGGUUGCACGCUCGUCUUGUGUCCAAGUUUCCGUGCAUCUGCAUUCCGUCGUUACCGGAUAAAGCCAUAACAGGUAGAUACGAAGAUGACUUUUUGGAGGAGCGUCGCAAACAACUUCAACAAUGGCUGGAUCGAAUGUGUCGGCAUCCCGUUGUGUCUCAGUGCAGCGUAUUCAAGCACUUUCUCUCUUGUACCGAUGCCAAGCGCUGGAAACAAGGGAAGCGUGAGGCUGAAACGGACCAUCUACAGGGCGCCAGAUUUUUCUUUGCCAUCAACAGCGAGGAGCCGGUGACACCUGCUGACUACAGCCUUGAAAUUAUAGAUUCAGCAGAAAAAUUGGCAGCUGACUUGGAACGGGGCGUUCGAGUUUUUGCUGAGGCAUUAGUCGAAUUUCAUCGACGAAUGACAACCUCCACUUCGAAAGACUUCCUCGCCGUCUCGUCUGCUUUCCUGGGUGUAUGUCGUGCCAUUAACUGUGAUAUAUAUGACAAGAACCGUAAUAUGCCUCUUUUUGCGGCCUUCUCCAACACGGGAGACGCAUUUAGAUCACUCUCAGUCUACCACGCUGUUCAGUCUGAACCCACUACCCAACUGCUAGAAUGUGUACGGGAGCACGCGCGUACCCUGGCCACUCUGCCUGCUGUUGUUAGUCUCGGAAAGUCAGCUUGUGUCGCCGUGGAAGAAGCUCGUCGUCUUCUAGCUGAGGGUAAGCUUAGUCAACACGACGCGGAAUCAAUCCAAUCGGGUGCGGUGGUAAUUGUGCGUUCCGUGCAAGCCGAAUGCGUAUGGAUCAUGCAACAACUGCGCCAGGACUUUCUUGAACGAGUGAAAGAUUAUCUGCUAGAUCGAGCGGCGUUCUGUCGCCAGUAUGCAGACCAGCUGCAAUCGGCUGCUUCGUUUUUCUAAAACGAUACUUUAUUGGCCAUUCACGCACGUAUAUCACUCCAUUCUACCUCGGGCAUCCCAUUGGGUCAGAACCGUUUUUCCAUAUUUUCGCCGGAAUCUCGAAUGAUCUGAUAUCGAUUUUUCUACUUUCAAACUUCACGAUACCCUGUUUAUCUACACACGUUCUCACGCACGCUUUCAGGUUUUGUCGGAAAACGUUAUGCCUCGCCACAUUGUGCAAACGUGAAUCUCUGCAGUUUUCUGAUUUUGCUCAACAUUCGCGUCUUUCAGGUCUGUGCUGUUUUUUACGCUUACAAAAGCUUCUUAGGAUCUCGCUAACAUGAUGUGCAACCCAUGCCUAUUAUUCAGCAAAUCUGUAUUGAUUUUGUAUCGACCGGUCCCCACCGAUUCUCGCCCAUUUUUGAUCAGAUAUUGAUAUUUUUUCUUCGUCCCACUUUACUUUGCAUAAACGCAUGUCACGGCCCAUGCGUAAUUCAUUAUUGUG